UAUUAGCUCUACUCAAAGUCUAUUUACUCUUGUCUUGUUCAUUGUCGUUGAUCGCGUGGUCUGAUUUUCCCUGAGAAUUUGGGAAAAUUUGUGGUUUCCACGAAACCACAGGGUAACCUAAUAAAUCAAUUGAUAGUGUAAUUAAUUAAUUAUUGACCUCAAGCGCUGCUUAUAUAUAAAAAUCCACAAGUCAUAUUUUUGUGUUUAGUUCCUUAUUAAUUUUAUUGUUGAUGAAACGUGUUGGUAGUCAAUUAUCGUCUUUAGCUAAACGCAAGUUAUCCUCUCUUGGGAAGAAGAAAAUAUCUAAAAGGAUAAAAGUUAAGAGUGUUUCAAUGGGAGUGUCCACUGAAGUGACUACCUAUGAAGUACCGGAUAAAUCGUUCUCGGACAAGAAAGAUUACAGGAUAUUCUACCUUCCGAAUAAGCUUAAAGUGCUGCUCAUUUCGGAUCCAUCUCCAAUAAGUGAGAGUGAUACUGAAUCUAGUUCCAUAAAUACAUCAUCCCUCUCUUCAGAUGAGUACGAUGGUGAGAGUACCUCAUCAUUGGAUUCUGAUACCUUCUCAGGUAGUUGUUCAGAAUCCUCUAGUGCCGUUGCCGAACAAGAGAAGAUGGCUGCAGCUUCUCUGCUUGUAGAUGUGGGUUCUUUCAGUGAUCCACCAGAUAUCAAUGGACUAGCCCACUUUCUGGAACACAUGAUCUUCAUGGGUAGUAAGAAGUAUCCUGAGGAGAAUGAAUAUGAUAAAUUUAUUAGGAAACAUGGAGGAAGUGACAAUGCAAGUACAGAUUAUGAAGAAACUGUAUUUUACUUUGAAAUCCCGGAAAAACAUCUCGAAGGAGCUGUGGAUAUUUUCUCACGACUUUUUGUGGAGCCUCUGCUCAAGAAGGAUUCCAUCAAACGGGAAAGAGAAUCCGUGGACUCGGAAUUUGUCACUAGAAGUAAAGAUGACAAUAUACGCCUUGAGCAAUUGAUAAGUUCUCAGGCCAAUUCCAAUCAUCCUUGCCAUACAUUUGCCUGGGGAAAUCUUGAGACGCUCAAGAAUAACAUUGACGAUGAUGAAUUGCACAGAAGAGUCGUUGAAUUUCAAAAGAGACACUAUUCUGCGCACAGAAUGUACCUCACAUUGCAGGCCAGGUAUCCAUUGGAUGAACUUGAGAGGAUAGUCAGGAAGUACUUCUCGGAGAUUCCUUGCAAUGACCUUCCGGGAGAAGAUUUUUCUUGCUUUAACAAUACCAAUGUUUUCCCAAGCAAUUUCUUCGAGACAGUGUACUACGUGAAGCCAAUAGCUUCCAUGAAGAGGCUAAUGAUUAGUUGGUGUCUGCCUUCACUGGUCAGGGAGUUCAUGUGUAAGCCCCAGCAAUUGGUGGGCCAUGUUUUCGAUGGCGAACAAAAGGGUAGUCUCUGUGCGUAUUUGAGAAAGAAACUCUGGAUUUUGGAUCUUGUGGCUGAAGUAGAUGAAUCCGAUGGAUUUUCCAACAAUUCUCUCUAUUCAAUAUUUAGUAUCGAAGUGAGUCUGACGGAUAGAGGUUACGAGAAUAUCCCUUCGGUCAUUAAAGCAAUUUUUUCAUACAUAAAAUUGCUGCAUCAAAAAGGGAAUUCCAAGAGGAUCUACAGUGAAUUGCAGGCAGUGGAAGAUGCCAAAUUCAAGUACAGAAAUGAGAAAAAUGCCGUGGAUAAUGUUGAAGAACUAGUGCUCAAUCUGAAGUACUAUCCUUCUAAGUAUGUCCUCAAUGGUGACAAAUUGUUCUUUGAGUACGACAGUGAGGUAAUACAGGAUUUCAUUGACUCAAUCUACAAUGAUCCGUGCAACAUAAUGAUUUGGUGCAAUGAUGACUCUCCGAGAGACUGCAAAGAGAAAUGGUUUGGAACGGAGUACCGGAUGGAGGAAAUGCCUGAGGAAUGGAAAUUGAUGAGGAAGAAUGUGGAGAUCUUCCCAGAAUUCAAUUUAGAUCAGACAAAUAUCUUCAUCACCAGCGACUUUAAAAUACUUCAUUCUACAACAAGUCCCCUUGACUGCCCCAAGCCACCUUACCUCAUUCGACAUGAUGAUCUCUCUGAGGUGUGGUACAGAGAGGAUACACGCUUUGGACUGCCACAUGCUUUGAUUCUCUACGGCUUCUCCAGUCCAUUACCGUUGAUGAAUGCCAAAAAUGCCGCAAUGAUGCAGUUUUACGUGUUCAUUCUGAAAUAUUUGCUCCUGGAAGAACUCACUCCAGCUACUGAGGCUAAUUUGGGAUUUUCUCUAGUUUCUGGCCAGAGAAGUAUUGUGAUUUCGGUUUCUGGAUUCAAUGAGAAACUCCAUCUAGUUGUGGAUGCAAUGGUGAAGAAGAUGAAAAAUAUGGAUGAUCUCACGGAAGAUUUGUUUUUCACGCUAAAAGCAAGGCAUCUGGAGAAUUACUACAAUAACCUGCUGAAGCCUAAAACUCUCAAUGGAGAUAUCAGAGUGUCCCUUCUGGAGAAAGCCCAUAUUCCUCAGUAUGAUAAAUACAAUGCUAUGGAAUCUCUGACAAUGUUGGAAAUUCUUGAAUUCUCGAAGGACUUUUUACAGUCUCUUAAAAUUCAGGGAUUAAUCCAAGGUAAUAUCUCAAAGGAAGACGCGGAAAAUAUAACAAUGAAUAUUUUGGACACACUGCAGAGUUCUGCAAUAGCAGAUCUUACGACAAUCGAGAAGAGAGCAUAUCAGAUUCCUCUUGGAAAUAGCUGUGUUCGCGUAAAGGCCUUAAAUAGCAACGAUGUUAAUAGCUACGUUGUGAAUUUUUAUCAAAUUGAUGCUCCAUCAAUUGAGAAUGCCUGUUACGUGGAAUUUCUGGUGAAUAUUUUAGAGGAGCCGCUUUUCAAUCAAUUAAGAACACAAGAACAAUUGGGAUAUGAUGUAAAUUGUGAUUUUAGAGAGAAUUGUGGAAUUAAUGCUUGGACUAUUGGAGUUAAUUCGCAGGAGAGUAUGUUUUCUGUGGAAUACAUUGGACAGCGUAUUGAGAUGUUUGAGAAGGACUUUUUGAAGAUUCUGCAAGAGAUGCCCUCGGAAGAUUAUGAACAUGCCAGAGAGUCACUGAUAAAGACCAAAUUGAUGCCUGAUAUUACUUUGAGGGAUGAAGUGAUGAGAAAUUGGGAAGAAAUUACCACUGAGCAGUAUAUAUAUGACCGUACUAAUCAGGAAGUGGAUAUUUUGAGAAAUAUCUCUCAAGAGAAAAUGAUUGAGUUCUACCGGAAGUAUGCUCUUGAUGAGAAAUUUACACGGAAGCUGUGUGUUCAUGUGAGGGGAAAUAAGGAUGCCGAUGAGGUUCAGGAAGAUCAAGAAAAAUUACCUCAAUCCUUGGAGUUGAUUUAUGAUGUCACAAAUACAGGGGAACCUGCAUCGAAGUUCAUAACAGAUGUAGAUAAAUUUAGGAAAAGUUUAUUCUUACAUCCGGCCGUCAAUAAGAAGCUCCGUUAAUCUUUA